UCUUUUAUACUGAUAACAAGUUCAAACAGGUGCCAUUAAUACAGGUAACGAGUGGAGGACAGAGGAGCCUCUUAAAGAAGAAGUUACAGGUCUGUGAGAGCCAGAAAUCUUGCUUGUUUGUAGGUGACCAAAUACUUAUUUUCCACCAUAAUUUGCAAAUAAAUUCAUUAAAAAUCCUACAAUGUGAUUUUCUGGAUUCUUUUAUUUUUCUCAUUUUGUCUGUCAUAGUUGAUGUGUACCUAUGAUGAAAAUUACAGGCCUCUCUCAUCUUUUUAAGUGGGAGAACUUGCACAAUUGGUGGCUGACUAAAUACUUUUUUGCUCCACUGUAUAUGUUUUUUAAUGUGAAAUGAAAGGUAAACUAGUUUUUCAGUCACUGAUUUUACAUUUCCGUGUAAAACAAAAUGUGGCCUUUUGUAAUCCUUCUUUCCUACCUUAGAUCUAAGACAUAUUUGUUGACAAUCAGCUAAUUAUCUUUAGCUCGCUGUAUUAACAAUCCUUUUGACUGCCUUUCAGAUAUGGUGACUCAAAAUCAAUUGACAUUAGAAGUUUGGGAUGUUUGGAAAACCAAUGAAAAAAUAGGAGUGUUGAAGAAUCUGUUACAUUUUGUUCCUCAGAAUGUGAUGUUGAAUCACCACAUACUCAGAAAAAUGAAUCAACCUCGAUUAUUCAAUCUCAAUGAGAGAUUUGCAAUUAAAACUUCCAAUCAACAGCUACUUGUUUUGUAAGCUUUGACAAUAUGGCAAAGUAGUUACUACUUGGCUCAAAUGACAGGAAGGGUGGAGGUAGCAGUUUUUCUAUUGCCUCUUGAGACUCGUUAUUACUCCUCACAGGAAUUGCCUUCUAUGGACUGAAGUUGCAUUGUUAUGGGUGAACAAAGCCCUAAUGCAAAGCACAGGUCUCAUCCUGUUGCUAUUCAUUCUCAGGAAAUGUUACAGAAGAGUUAUCGAAAUAUCUGAAUGCAUUUGACGUGCCUUUUAACCAGGAUGGUAUUUUGGCCUACAUUAUCAUUAAUGAUAAUUGUUUGGGUCAUUCAGUAUGCAUAAUGUUUUCCUAUGGAAUUUUAGUCAGAUCUGUUUUGUUACAUUCAGGACAGUUUUGCCUAGUCCUUAGUGUAAUUUGGUCAACAUUCCAGUAGAUAAAGUUAAAGCACUGUUUGGCUUGCUUCAUUGCUUUGGUUAAUUUUUCACCUGUUACUGUGGUUAUGGAUUGCAUUUCAAGAUCAUCACCAAUUUAACUUUCUCUGUAAAGCAGUUUGUGAACCAAAGUGAAAUGAGGGAAAAGUAAUCAAGUAUAACUUCAACAAAAGUUCAAGAUCAAACCAUUUUAAAACUAAUUUUAAAAUGUGCUCUGUAGAAAUGGAUGGAAUUUGUGUAUAUCAGGAAAAACAAAACAUUCUAAGCCUUAGCUAGUUCUACUCUAUUUCCAUCUUCCAGCUUAGCUAGUUCCCUUGAUCUCCUUAGGGAGAAUUAGAGAAAUGCUUAGAUACAAGAAUGUUGACUCAGCCAUAAGUUGAAAAGAAACAAUGAAAAUCUUGGUGUUGGUGUAAUUAUUGUAAACCAUUACAUGUGAUGUCUCAAUGGAAAAUAUCCUGAAGUGUGCCUAUUGAGGGAACUGUGGAUGAAAUAUCAACUCAGGUGUUGAACAAACAUGUGUCUUGGUUGGUUGACAAAAGCACACCCACCAAGGAAUGGGGCUAUAAUCCCCAGGUUCCCUCAGAGGAAUCCUUCAGUGCAUAGGACUUUGGCUUCUCUGCUCUGCAGAAACUCUGACUGAACUCCCUGCUGUCUACCCAACAAUCUACUUCCGAGCACACCAGUGUUCAGUACCCAGAUUCACAAUGUCACUUUUCAUCCAUAUAUUGGCCUGCCUGUUUGGCAUGGGCUCCUGGGUGUCUAUCAAUGGACUAUGGGUAGAGCUGCCUCUCAUCGUGCCCCAGAUCCCCGAGGGUUGGUACCUGCCAUCCUACCUAUCCGUCCUCAUCCAGAUGGCCAACGUGGGACCCCUGUUCAUCACCCUCAUGCACCGCUUCCGCCCUGGGGUGCUCAACGAGACAGUGGUCAUCUAUGUGAUCAUCUCCCUGGGCGUGGUGGCCAGCUUUCUCCUGGCCUUCUUCUGGAAGGAGACGCUGGUGGUGGCGGGCGUCCCUCGCAGCGUGGCCCUCCUCCUCCUUACCUUCUUCCUCUCCACUGUGGACUGCACCUCCUCUGUCACCUUCCUGCCCUUCAUGAUGCGUCUGAAGCCCCAGUACCUCACCACCUACUUUGUGGGGGAGGGUGUCAGUGGUCUGCUACCUGCCCUGGUAGCCCUGGUCCAGGGGGUGGGGGUGGUUCACUGUAACAACUGCACUCGGAUGAUAAAUGACACUGGCUCAGUCAGUCUUAGCUACGAACUUCAGGCUCACUACCAGCCGGCCAACUUCUCAGCUGAGGUGUUCUUCUUCUUCCUCUGUGCCAUGAUGUUGGUGUGCCUGGGAGCCUUCAUCCUUCUGAACUACCACCCUGCCGUGGCCCAGGAACGCCCAAAUGCCCGCUACCCUAACGGGGUGCUGGAGAAAGGCGAGGCAGCUCAGAUGAACCCGACAGAGCAGAAGGCCAUGAUCAAACAGUCUGAUAUCAAGACCAAAAGCUGCUUUGGGACUGGGAUGUACAGCCGGAUACAGGUGCUGUACAUGUUCUUCAUCCUGGCCUGGGUCAAUGGACUGACUAACGUUGUGCUUCCCUCAGUGCAGUCCUACUCUUGUCUGCCCUAUGGAAACAGUGCCUACCACUUAUCGGCCACCAUGGCUGCGGUGUCCAACCCUCUAGCCUGCUUUAUUGCCAUGUUUUUCCCAACAAGGUCCUUAUUGCUGUUGGGGGCUCUCACAUUGUUUGGCAGUGGGGUUGGAGCCUACAUUAUAGGCAUGGCAGUACUGAGUCCAUGUCCUCUGCUGGUCAAUGAAACCUCAGGAACCUUCCUCAUUGUGGGCUCCUGGAUCUUCUUCAUCCUCACUUUGUCCUAUGUUAAGGUGAUCAUUGGAGUUAUCCUCCGUGAUGAGGGCCACAGUGCCCUCGUGUGGUGUGGAGCAGUGGUGCAGUUGGGGUCCUUCAUGGGUGCAGUUACCAUGUUUCCCUUGGUCAGUGUGUAUAGUUUAUUUUUAUCAGGAGACCCAUGUAAUACAAAGUGCCCUUAAAUUAUGCUAAACAACGAUGAUCCAGGCAUAUUCUAAGAAACAUAUUUGAUUAAUUCUUCCGAAGCAUGUGUACUUCAUUAGUAAAAUGCAAUUGAACAACUAACUAGUGAGGUGAACAGAAUUCAACCAACUCGUCAUAGUAAAGUAAGGUAUACCCUAUAAGGUUCAGGGUGAUUUACUAUUUGGACAACACCCUCCAAGUAUCUUGUCAUGUGACAUUGGUGCUAUUGAUAAGCUACCGUCAGAGCCUCUUUUCACUUUACACUAGCAGCUUGUGGAUAGUAAAAUUAGGGGCUUUUGUCAGUGCAUGCAAAUAAUACCAGGCAGUGAAUAAGUACCUUUAGAGAGUAGCACAUACCAGAAAGAACAUUCAGCUCUCUGGAAGAUAAAAGCCUAGUGUUUUUGUAGUAGACACCAUUGAAUAAAUGGACUUGUGAUUAGCUAUGUCAACUAUUAUGGUUGCCCUAAUCUAAUGUUGACAGAUCAAUGUCUGACAGUUUGGACUUCACAAGAGUUAUGCGGAGAGUCUUGAAUGAGCCAUUCUCACAGUGGAGAAUCUUUCAUAGGAAUUCAGUGAUUAUGUAGCAAUUUUAACAUUUGGUCAUUUAUUUACUCAUUUGGUCAUUUGUUUACUCGGCUCCCGAGUGGCGCAGCGGUCUAAGGCACUGCAUCUCAGUGCAAGAGGCAUCACUACAGUCCCUGGUUCAAAUCCAGGCUGUAUCACAUCCGGCCAUGAUUGAGAGUCCCAUAAGACAGCGCACAAUUAGCCCAGCGUCGUCUGGGUUUGGCCGGAGUAGUCCAUCAUUUGUUCUUAAUUGACUUGCCUAGUUAAAUAAAGGUUACAUUUUUAAAAAGUUAAACAAAAAAAAUUAGCACAGGGGUUCCCAAACGUUUUCACUCUGGGCCCCCCCUUGAACAUCCCACGUCCCCCAUGCGCCCACAGCUUAUUCCUGCUAUUCUACACAUUUUAGCAAAUUUUCUUGCAAUUUACAUUUUGCCAUGUCUAAUGUGUAUUCAUGUGAUAUUUGAGUGACUCAAAAAUUACUAUCCAUUGGCUAAAAAAACCAAAAAAAAUAAAAGUUAGCUGACAAAAAAACUAAGCAAAACAAAAUGUUUGGAGGGGGGCACCCAACUGCUGAUUUAUCAGACGCUCUUAUCCAGAAGCAUUUAACUUAAGGUAGUUCGGUAAGACGCAUAUCACAGGCGUUGUAAGAAAAACUUUCCUAAAUAAAGCAGCUAUCAGCAAAAUCAGUGCUAGUAAGAAA